CCUCAAAGUGGAGUGACUCAUCACUUUUACUUGUGUCUUGAGUGAAGAACAGAAGGGAAGGAGAUCGGAGCUAUGAUAAACCUGCAGCAUUUGCCGGUUGGACACCGAUUCCAUCCAACUGGGGAGGAGUUCGUGAAUUAUUACUUGAAGAGGCGAAUCCAAGGAAUCGUAGAUCAUCCCUGCAUAAUCCCCGAUGUCGACAUCUGUAAGUGGGAUCCUUGGGAGUUACCAGACAAGUUUCAUGGUGAAUCGAUCAUUCACCGGGAUGACCAAGUUCGGGAGUGGUGGUUCUUCAGCCCACAUACACCUCAACAGGUUAAAAGAUCGACUCCCUCUGGCUAUUGGAAGAAGACGGGUAUCGACAGGAAGGUCAAGGCCAGAGAUAAUGACAGAAUAAUUGGUACUAAGAAAUUUCUAGUCUUCCACAUAGGUCAAGGCAAGAAGGGGGUCAAGACCAACUGGGUCUUCCAUGAAUACCAUCUACCCACCGAUGAUUUGAACAGAACUCAUGUUCUGUGUCACUUAAAGCAUGAAUCAGAGCGUGGAGCCAUUAACCUGGCAGAUUUCGAAUUAUAUCUUCAUCAACCUGUUCGUGAUGACUUAUUUCCUGAGGCUUUGGUCCAAGCAAAAAUGAAUUCACUGAUGGCGUUAAUUCAGCCCGAGAACCAAGUUGAAUUUAUGGCUGACCACCUGUGGCAGCCUCAGCCCGCACCAGGAUCACAAGAUCAUUGCUUCCCCUCCAACAUACAUCAGCUUACGAAUAUUGAGGGUCCAUCUGCUAUGGACCUAUCAUUAGACAACCUUCUUACUGAUGAAUCUGUUCAAUUAACGUUUGGAACAAGUGAAGAGGAUGAAGAUGUUGGUGACAUGCAAAAUGCAGAUCUUGCUUAUGUCGACUUCUUCAACAGAGACAUGCAAACAGAGGAAUCGUCAAUCAAAAUUACCCUCCGGGAUUCGGAGUUGAAACCUUCAGGAGGCCAGAGUAAUUGUUCUUGGCCUUCUGGAGGUGUACAGGAUGAGAAGGCUGAUAAUUCAGACAUUCCUAGUGGAUUCAGCUACCUCAUCCGAAGGCAGAUUGAUGUUUUGCCUACAAUAUGCCUUAUUUCCUACUAUGAGCUUAUGACCGCACACAAGCAUCUCAGAGUUCUCAACAUCAGUAAAUGA